CACUGCUGUCGCACAAGAAGUUGCCUCAGGGGAUAAAGCAUUUAUAGUCGAUAGCUAUUUUCUUGGGAUAUUUUUAUCCAAAACGGCUGAACAUUUCCGGUAUAUUAUUAUUAUCCUAUUGACCCGUCAAAGGUAUAAAUGUUGAAAUUUCAAUCAUAAAAGUCCAGUCUGGCGUGUUGUUAAGUUCAUCGUUGAAUCCAAAUAAUAGUGAAACAAAGGAAGAAAGAUUAUAAAUGAGUUUCCCGCUUAAAAAACUUCCGAUCUCUUCCGAAACCCUAACUCUACCUAGACUCUCCUCUUCCCUUCCCAAUCCUCUUUUCCCUACUUCUUAUUCAUUCACUCAUAGUUUUUCCCGCCGGAUUUUAUACCGGAAAAUGACUUGUACCGUCGGAAACUCUUCUUCUUCUCCGACCAUCAGAACUGUCACCAUCUCUUAUCCUGAACUCAUAGAUAAAAAUGCGGAUUUAUCGAUGAAGAUUGAACAAGGUUUUGGACCUAAUGGAUUGGGAAUUCUAUCGAUUUCAAAUGUACCUGAACUUCCCUCACUGCGUCAAAAUCUCCUGCGUCUUGCUCCUAGGUUAGCAAGCCUACCUGAAGAGGUGAAGAAGGAACUUGAAGAUCCUCACAGCCGGUAUAACUUUGGGUGGAGUCAUGGGAAAGAGAAGCUAGAAUCUGGCAAACCUGAUAUGAUGAAAGGCUCUUAUUAUGCAAAUCCAGUGUUAGACAGACCCACAGAAGAUGAUUCCCUUAUCCAGCGGUAUCCAUCCUAUUGUCAGGAAAAUAUAUGGCCUGGUGAUGCAUUGCCAGAAGUUGAACCUGCUUUUAAAGCCCUUGGGAAGCUGAUGGUGGAUGUUGGCUUGAUUUUGGCGUAUCAUUGCGAUCGAUAUGUAUCCAGGUGCAUGACGGUGAAGGAUGAUGAAGGCCUUGAACAGAUACUUUUGCGUUCUCGGUGUCACAAAGGUCGUCUUCUAUAUUAUUUUCCAGAGCAGAAAAGCAGUGAAUGCCUACAAGAAGCCGACAACAUUUCUUCAUGGUGUGGAUGGCAUACAGACCAUGGUUCUCUCACAGGUCUCACCUGUGGAAUGUUUACGAAAAAUGCCGUUGAAAUACCUUGCCCUGAUAAAACUGCUGGUCUAUAUAUCAAAACACGAGCCGGUCAGAUUGUGAAGGUUGUCUUUGGGGAAGAUGAGAUAGCUUACCAAAUUGGUGAAACAACUGAAAUACUUUCCAGAGGUAGUCUAUGUGCAACACCUCAUUGUGUACGGGCACCUAAAGGAGAUAACACCCUGGGUGUGGAUCGUUCUACUUUUGCAAUGUUCAUGCAACCGGAUUGGGACGAGAAUCUAAAAUUUCCUGAAGAGGUGCAUCUUCACAAAGAGUUAAUUCCACCGAAUGGAACGUUAACGUUUGGAGAGUAUUCUGAGAAGCUCCUCGACAAAUAUUAUCACCAAAAAUCAUAAGCAAGCAGUCUCAUGAACAAGAAAAAUGACAGUGAUAGUUCUUGUACAUGCUAGAAACACUAUGCUAAGUCUCAUAUUUGAUUCUGUUACGUGUAAAUGUCAAAUAAAUUCAGUUAGUAGUCAUUACAAUCAGCUGCACCAAAAAAAUAAACAAACCCCAGUUGCCUUCGAGAUGGUGGGCUCAUUUAGCAUUUAAGCCCAUAAACAGGUGAAAUGACAAAUUUUAUUUAAACUAAAAUUCUGUAUUCAUGUUGGCAAUUGAAGACUUAAGAAAGAUAUGUGGCUUCAUAUA